GGUUUAGCUCAUGCGAGAGCUCUUCAUUGAGAAAAAUCCACAGCCGAGUGUUUAUUCGAGGAGCUGCAGGCGAUGUAGGGGGGAAAAAAAACCGCGACCACUUGUUUUUAAGCCUCUCUUCCAAGAAGAACUUCACAUACCAGGAGGAAGACCGCUUCGACAUGGACGGCUUUUACGACCAGCAGGUCCCUUUCAUGGUGCCUGAGAGCAAACACCACGCAGAGGAGGAGAGGAGUCUGGGCGACAGACGGCGGAGGUUCUUGGACACGGAGCUGGCUCAGGACACAGAAGAGCUUUUUCAGGAUCUCAGCCAACUCCAGGAAAUAUGGAUUGCUGAAGCUCAGGUUCCUGAUGACGAGCAGUUUGUCCCAGAUUUCCAGUCCAAUAACUCGACGUUUCAUGGACCGCCCCUCAGUAAAGUGAAGCGAGAGCCCAGCCCGUCCAAAGACUUGUCCCCCUGCGGGACCCCCGGGGCUGACAUGUGCCUUUACAGUUACAGUGCCUGUGAAAACAAACCGGGUCCAGCCAACGCCCCCAGCUCCCUCCACUCCGCUGGACCUCCACCCUUGCGGAGGCAGCUCCAGCUGUCCCCCGCCUCCAGCCCCUACCAGCGCCAGCAUCUCUCACAGGCCAGCCAGAACCAGCCGUUCGCUCUGCCGUGUGCCCCCGCCGGCUGCUCGGGGGCCUCUUUCAACGCCGAGCAAAGGUUCCACCGGCAGCUGUCCGACCCGUGUCUGCCCUUCAUGCCUCCGGAGAAAACCCCAACCGCGCCGUACCACCCCUCCGGCUGCGACGGCCGGCCUCUGUACCAGCGCCACCUGUCGGACCCCCUCGUCCCCCUCCCUCCCCGGGGUUUUAAGCAGGAGCUGCUGGAUCCGCGGUAUCCGGACCCGGGGCCGGCUAAUCCUGGCCUGGCUCCGUCCCAGCCCAACUUCAACCACGUCAAAAUCAAACAGGAGCCGAGAGACUUCAGCUUCGAACCUGAAGUUCAAACCUGCCAGUCAUCGUUCGGAAAGUCUCCCGCUUUGUUUCAGAAAAACGGUGCUGGGUUUGGUCCUGACCGAGAGCCUCCGAGGUACUUUGACGACACCUGCGUCGUACCAGAAAGACUGGAAGGUAAAGUGAAGCAGGAAGGUUUGCCGUACCAGCGCCGCGGCUCCCUGCAGCUCUGGCAGUUCCUGCUCACCCUGCUCGACAAUCCGGCGAACGGACACCUGAUCGUGUGGACGGGACGCAACAUGGAGUUCAAACUGAUCGACCCAGAAGAGGUGGCUCGUCUUUGGGGGAUCCAGAAAAACCGACCUGCCAUGAAUUAUGACAAGCUGAGCCGCUCGCUGCGCUACUACUACGAAAAGGGCAUCAUGCAGAAGGUAAAGGUGGCCGGGGAAAGGUACGUCUACAAAUUCGUCUGCAGCCCCGACGCGCUCUUCUCCAUGGCCUUCCUGGAAAACCAGCGGCCGAGCCUGAAAGCCGACCUGGACGCCAUCCUGCCCCCCAGCGAGGAGGACGGCUUCCCCCUGCCCAGCUACGAGGAGGAGGGGCCUUACCUGGUGGACGGAGGGGAGCAGUGCGUCCAGGGACUGGCUUUCCCCGACAGCUACCCGUACUAGCCAGGAAGUACGGGAAAUUACUGUAUUUUACAAAAAGAGGUGAAACCUUAAAUUACUGAGCAACAUUUCAGUUUUUGUUUUUUUUUUUGUUUUUUUUUUCCCACGACAAGCAUUUAUGCUUGAUCCCUAAUGCUACACAUUUGAGCUACCAUCCUAAAGGAAACUCAAUGCCACCUUCAACAGUUUUUUUUUUUUUUAUUAAUAUUUUCACUUUAAUGACACAAAAUUUGUUGCAGGCACAAUGAGCACAAGUUUUUUUUAUUUUAUUUUUCUCCCCUCCUCCAAGUGCUUGUGCCGCCCCCCUGGUGGAUUGGCGCCCUGGAUGGCUAGCCACAUUUCCCCUUUUUAAAAACCUCCACUGCCAUUAUUGAAUCCGAACCAGAAUUGUUUUUUUUGUUUGUUUUUUUUUUUUUUCAAAGAACAUUCAUUUAAUGAUUUCUCUUGAUUACAGGAUUAAAGUUGUAAUCUUAUUUGCAGCUAAUAUCUGUAGCAUAACUUAAUUCUUUUAUUAAACGCAAUGUUUUCUGUUUUUUUUCUUGUAAAAUUGCAUCUGCACUUAAACACAGAUAUGCAUUUCUGGUCCCGAUUGGGGCUUCCGCUUAAAACUUGCCAUCAACUCUUUCUUCUUCUAAGUGUUGUCUUUCUUCUUUCUUUUUGUUGUUGUCGUUUUAGUCUUUUUUUUUUUUUUUUUUUUCUAACGGUGGUAUUUUUGUUGCAUGGCCAUCGCUUUGGUUUCUCGCAUUUGUAAACUCGGGGACCUUUUUUUGCAGCCAAAAACAAAAAUCUUGAAGCCAUGGCACUCCUUUUACUAAUUGUAGUAAGCUUUUUAUUGGUAAUACCCAGACUGCUUGAAAGGGACACUCUUGUAUUUUCUGGACCGUAUAAUCCUGAAACAUCUAUAUAUUGAAAAUAUCUUUUUGUGGGGAGAAAAAAAAUUCUCUGAUUUUAAAGCUAAAAUUUUUCGCAUUAUAUGGACUUGUAUGUAUUUGCUAUAACGGUUUAUGAUAAAAGUAUUUCUUUUAUAUUUUUUGGAUUCCUCAUGACUGCCACCCUUGUGCUUAUAAAAGGCAUGUUUUAGUCUUCUAACGGCUCACCACUUAAUGUACCGAGAUAGUUUCCUGCAUUUUGUAUAAUUUGUUUGCUUAAGUGUGUAGAGGGAGAAAAGUGUAUAAUUAUAUAUGGAUAUAUUUUUGCAAAAGGUUGUUUGCUUGCAAAUAUGUUGCAUCAGCUCUCCAAGGAGGAAGAACUCUGAAUCCUGCAGGCAGAAGUUGUUCCUAAUGAUAUAUUUUACUAUAGAUCCUGACGCUGGUGUGACUUUUACCCUGAGAUACUGUAUGUGUGCCUUCUGUUGAUCUUUACUGAUAAAAAUAAACUAUUUUACUCUUUUA